AUCCAGAUGACGACUGAGCCUGACGAUUUAUUGUGUGUAAAUAUUCAUUCAUAAUGAGUGCGCGGAACCCAAACAAUCGAGUAAUCACGAAUAGUAUCGCGUCGGUCAGUAAUUAUCCGCCAUAGGCGCAGGCCGGUCGCGCGAGUGCACACUGUGAACAUGACAGUUGAUUGUGAAACGCAACUCCAGCGAUGAAUAUGUCACCGCGCGAUUUUGUGGGGCUGUUCGUGAUCCAAUUGGUAGCGCUAGCAGCAGUGAAUAAUCUCCAAGUUGAAGCACACGUUCUCAAACAAGAGUCAACUCAGAACCAUGCCUUGGAUGAAACCAGAGAUACCUCCCUUGAUCAAGACUUUGACAACAGUAAGACAACCCAGAAUAACACUAAACACAAGGUGGAUGUAAUACUGAAGCACAUGCAUAUAAUUAAUGAAACUGAAAAAGCACAGCUUAUAAAUAGUGGCACUAAUCUCACAGACAGAACUGGAAAGAAUAGAAGAGCAAGCAAUAUGGCAAAAUACAAACCACUACUUAAAUCUAAGCUAGAAUACGACCGCUUAUUUAAGGAUAUAUCACCAAUAGAUAAGAUAGAUAGUGCAGAACGGAAUAAUUACAGAGGUUAUUCUACACAAUCUGCCUCGCACUCUAGAAGUAGAACCAAAGCAAUCAGUUCAUCGAUAUUCGACGAAUAUUCUAAAUUUGAUACACCUGUUACAGUUAGUACCGGGAAGACAACGUUGAAAGAUACAGUAACAACCAGAUAUAGCAGGUCUACGCCAGAUGUAAGUACCACUAAACGAACCGCUGCCACAGAGACGACUGAAAUAGAACCUGUUACUGAAAGUACAGGCGAUAAUAAAUUGACCCCGCCGAUGACUUUACCGUUCUGGAAGACUUAUACAACUAUAAAUAGAAAUACCAGCAGUAGUCCAAUAAUCAGUACUGUAAAUACAACUGAAAAGCCAGAAGAACCCACAACUGAAAGAGAGCCAACUACUCCUACCACGGAAUGUACGAGCUCCAGUACAGAAAUGACCCCAAGUUCUUCAGAAUCUUCAGAAAGCAUAAUAUCAUCAUCAAGUACAUUAGUGCCUGAAGAAAAUUAUGACUCGGGCAAAACUGAAGUGAUUUCUACAAAACGAGGAGGUUACAUCAAUAAUUCUCAAGGGGGUACUAACUCUACAAGAAGGAACAAGUCUAAAAAUGUUUCAGACGAUGAGGACAAAGAAGAAGAAGAACCAAGGACGAGCAAAACUAUGAAAGAAGCAGCAUCGCGAAGUCAAAUGAUAGAAGAAGCGUUGUUAGCUGAGAAGAGAUUGUCCGAUAAAACAGCCUUCCAAGAUGUCCAUAAUGAUCUUCGCACUGAAUCUACGUCGUCAAAUAACAACGCUGAAGAUAAAACAAACAGCAAAGGGCCAGCAGCUCGGAACAGUUCACUCUACACCGUGAACCCUAAUUAUAAACCUUUGAAAAAGAUUGAUGUGAAAACUCCAAAACCGUACCAUAAGCACCCUGAUGAUAACAGCUGGAGAAAUGAAAGUAUAAGUUCUUUGGGUAUUGUGUUUAAUCCUAAAAACUCUUCUAAGCCAUUAACAGAAGUCCUCAAGAAUAAAACAGAAACUGAGUUAGUUUACAUGGAACGAGAGGUAACUUCUACAGAAGUUCCGGAUUUGAGGGAGAGGCUGGAAAAAUUAGCGGAGUUGCGUAAAUCUAAGAAAUACAGAACAGGGCAAAGUAGUGAAAAAACUGAUAACGAUUACGAAGACAUAAGAAGUUUCUUACCAAGUCCUAGGCCUUUCGAAAAGGGGUCUCUUCAAAAGAACUUCGAAUACUACGAAAGUUUCUUCACAACAACGGAGGCCACCACAAAAUCUCCUUUAGCGAAAGGCAAAGAGAAAAUAAUGGAAUAUUACGAAAACCCAGAGCUCAACACGGCAGAUUACUUCAACCUCGCCAACAUAGACAUUAAAAAGUCUUUCGUUAAAGGAUCUUCACGUAGACCAGACUCAACUACCUCAACGAUGUCUAGUGCUGACUACGCGGUCUCAAUCGGACAAUUCCCUCCUGAAAGGAAAGCGACUGUCCAAUACUUUCCUCCUCGACCAGAAAAGAGCACUUACCCACCGGUUCUGAUGACCACCGGGAAGUAUGACUUCCAGAAGAAUUUGGAACAGUACGCGAUUAUGGACGAGGCAGACCCCACCACCACCGAGAAACCCACUCCCUCCACCCUCCCCCCGCUGACUACCAACAGAAACUACGUCUACUACGAGACAAACACAAACGAGGGGACAACUUACAACCCGCAGACGCCACCAGGCGUUACAACGUUCAUAGAGUUAUUGGGUAAGACGAAUGCCGAUGACAGGAUUUACAACGAGCGGUUUGUGCCGGAUCCGUACCAGCGAGACGUGAUAAACAGGUUCGUGGAGAACUAUAACAAGAACCACGAGAGGUUCAGGGUUCCGUACCCCGUGGUGUAUAACAAUAGCGUGUCGCAUGACUCAGGGGGUGGUUCGAGACAGUUGGUCCAGCAGGUCUUUGAGACGGAGCGGGCGCCGGCUGCCGUAACGCGACUCUAUCUAGAGCAGACUAAAGCCUAUGACCUCAACUUGGAGAAGCGCGACGACUCUGACUACGAACAGCUGUACUUCCUGCCGCAAGACCAGAUCAAUGUGGGCGGGGAUCUUCAAGCGCCGCUGCCUUUUGGCUAUAGGAAGUAG